AUGUUGAUAUCUGAUAGAAAGUUAAAGUCCGAGAGCAACAAAAUUUUACAUUGCCCGCGCUCGCUAUUAAAUCAGGGCGAGGGUGGGGAGGGGGUCGGCGGGUGGGGUUUGUUUGCGCGGCCGAAGGCGGUUUCAGUCUGGCGCGAGCGCUCGCGUGGAGUGGAUGUACGCGCGGUGACCGCGUGUGUACGGAGUUGGCGGGAACACUCCCGCCCACAAAACGACAAAAUAUUUUCAGACGCUAAUAAGCUGGCGAGCGGCGGUGGCGGCGGCCGAGGUCUCUUCUGCUACCACUGCCCGCCGAGCCUGCCGCCGCACCAGCACCGACUGCCUGCCCUGGAGUACCCCUUCACCGCCUCACACCCUUACACGAGCUACUCGUACCACCCGGCGAUACAUGAUGACACGUUCGUGCGGCGGAAACAACGGCGGAACCGGACCACCUUUACGCUUCAGCAGUUGGAGGAGUUGGAGACGGCGUUUGCGCAGACGCACUACCCUGAUGUGUUCACGAGAGAAGACCUCGCGCUCAAGAUCAACCUCACGGAGGCCCGAGUACAGGUGUGGUUCCAAAACCGGCGGGCGAAGUGGCGGAAAGCGGAGCGGUUGAAAGAAGAGCAACGGAAGCGGGAAGGCGUUGAUGUGCUUCCGAAAAGGGACCCUGCCGAUGAUAAGGGUUCAUCGGAAUGCAUGUCCCGCGGCUCCGCCGAAGCCUCCCCCGUGUCGGGCGUGGUUUCCCCCCGCGCCUCGCCCCCUGUGACGCCUGGUUCACCUCGUCGCUCACCGCACCGCUCGCCAAGAAGAUCGCCCAACAGGUCUCCGAGGCCUGACAGGUCUGAGACCAGUUGUCCGUCGCCGGCGCCAUCUGUCGGCAGCGCAGGCUCCAGGGAAGCAGCACCAGAACCUAGGCCGCAGCACCACAUCUUCUCACCUUUCGACCACUCAAGCGCCUACCGAGCAUCGCCCGCGGCUGCAGGGGACGCUCCCCCCGCGCCCCCGCUGUUCCUCCCCCCGCACCUCAGCCACCUCUCGCAGCACCUCAACCAUCUGUCGCAGCCGUUCUUCCCCAGCUUGAAAGGUUGGGGCGCCCCCUGCCCCUGCUGUCCCAAAGAAGAGGCCCGCUCCACCAGCGUGGCCGAGCUCCGUCGCAAAGCCCACGAGCACUCAGCAGCAUUGCUGCAUUCCCUGGCCAGCUUCCAGUCGCGAGCAUUACUGCCACUGCCGUUGCAUCUGCCGCCGCUGCCAAUGUCACUGCUACCGCAUGAGCCGCCGCCAAGUCAGCCGGAACCGCAGAAGAAUAUAGACUAAAGGCGGUAUGAGGAUAUACUAAUUUAUAGUGUGUUGAAAAGCACACAAUGGAAAGAGGAAUGCCAAUAUUACCAAGAUAUUUUUACCAGCUGGACUUCUCAAAACAAAAUCCCAAUACCCACGAGCACUCCGCCCAUGCAGUCGCAGAAAAAUAUAGACGUUUGAAGAUAUUACAACUAAUUUAUACACUACUGUGUUGAAAAUAGCACGCGAUACUAAUUGUUGAAUGCAAUGUGAAAUAAAGAGUUUUAUACCGGACGGACCUAGUAAACCAACCUAUAGAAUCUUGAAGAAACUGAUACUUCUGAAAAGUAUAGAACGAUUUAUCGCAAUCAAAGUUGUUCUAACAUUCUAAAUCAUCAUUAACAAAUAAACAAUUGAAAACACUAUGGGAUUAAUCAUUUAAAAAUCACCUAAAUUCACCAGUACCUAGUUUUUUUCCUGCGGUCUAGAUUUUAAUAAAUGUUUCAAGACACACUGUAAAUUAUACUUUGUUUUUGAAAAUUACAACACAGUGCGAUAGUAAUUGAAAACAAAUCAU